AUGUCAAUGACCCCGACUCAUGGUGAGAGCACAAUCGCCUUUGUUCAAGCUGGCAGCAAGCGACGAUCCGCUGUGGCGUGUCAACGAUGCAAGGCAAGGAAAGUGCGCUGCAGCGUGACGGCAACAGGCCACCCCUGCACGAAUUGCACACAAGAUGACACUCGGUGUGAAGUUCUACCUCGUAAGAAACACGCUCGUGAUCGGGACAAGGUCAAGAAGAUGCGGGCUCUAGCUCCGAAUGCACCAAGUCCAGUUGUUCGAACAGAUCUUUCGCCAGUCAACACCAACGCCGUCCCACAGGAUGAUGUGCGUCUGGAACCUGGUGUUGCACCGACCACGGAUCAAUUGCAGCGCGUUGCACCGAAUCUCGAAGAUUCAUAUGUUCCAUCGAACGCGCUUCAUGAUAGCACCCCCGACGAAGGCGGGAAUCCUGCUUCAUUUGCAGAGGCAGUCCAGGCGAAUAGUCCCUUCAACAAUGAAAGGCUGUUUUACUCCGGUGAUUUUACCAAGAAGAUUCUGCGAGAACAGGGCUAA